AUGCAGGUUGGAGUCACAUCCCAGAAAACUAUGAGGCUACUUCCAGCUUUGGGAAAAAAGGCCACACAAAAGGUCGCCAUUGCAGAUCACGAUGGUAUCCUGACGUGUUUUGGGAUGAAGAAGGGCGAGGCGGUGCCCGUGUUUAAAACACUCCCCGGGCAGAAGAUAGUGAGGAUGGACCUGGGAGGAGCCGCCGGAACGUCCCAGGAGAAGAUCUUUGUCUGUUCUGGUUCUCAGGUGCGAGGAUUCACCAAGAAAGGCAAACAGUUCCUCACCUUUGAAGCCAACCUCACCGAGAGCAUCAACGCCAUGCAUGUUUCCGGAUCGGAUCUUUUCGUGUGUGCGAGUUACAUCUACAACCACUACUGCGACUGCAAGGACCAGGACUACUUCCUCUCAGGGGACAAAAUCAACGACAUCACCUGUUUGUCCUCAGAGAAACUCUCGAGACCCGUCCCGGUUUUGGCCUGCCAGGAUCGGGUUCUCAGGGUCCUGCAGGGAUCUAAACUUGCCUAUGACAUUGAAGUCCCUGGCCCUCCAUCUGUCUUGGAGUUGUACAACAAAGAAGGAGCUGAUGAAGUUAUUUAUGGAACCACGGAUGGAAAAAUUGGACUGAUUCAGAUUGAUGAGAGCUCCGCUGCCACUAAAUGGGAGAUCGAUAAUGACAAAAGAAAAGGAGGAAUCCUUUGCAUUGACACUUUUGACAUAAUUGGAGACGGAGUGCAGGACGUCCUGGUGGGCCGGGACGAUGGAACCGUUGAGGUUUAUUCUGUAGACGGCUCCGGAGAGGCCAUCACUUUCUAUUUCCACAACACCUUCCUGGGCACACAGCUCGAAGCCACAUACUGUAAAGGGGAGGGUCACUUCAAAUCCGACAACAUCUCCACCAUCUCUAUUCUGAGCGACGUUCUCUCCAAAGAGGCCACCAAGAAGAAAAUCAACCUGAACAUUUCAUACGAUAUCAGUGAGGACUCGGUGAGCCACACCCUCAGGAUGAUCCACCCAAAGCUGGAAUCUCAGCUGCUGCUGGCCAGGAAAGUCCAGCUUAUUGAUGCUCUGAAAGAACUUCAGGUUCACGAAGGGAACGCCGACUUCCUGAUCCCGGAGUAUCGCAGCAUCCUGGACGAGUCGGCUGAUUUAUUGGAGGAGUACAAAAAGCAGCCAGCUCACCUCGAGAGGCUUUACGGAAUGAUCACCGACCUCUUCAUUGAUAAAUUCAAGUUCAAGGGACAGAACGUGAAAUCAAAGGUGUCCUCGUUGUUGGAGAUACUCAAUAAUUAUGAUUUAAACUCCCUGUUAGAUUUUUUCAGCGAGGCCUGA